UUUAUUCCAGGUAUACAGACUCUUGAAACAGCAUCCUUACAGUGCUCUCAAGUGGACAGAGCUGUUGUUGUCGGUUUCUCAACGCUGUUCAUCGGGACUUCAGGACCAUGGCGAUUUUUAAAAACAUCGGGCUUUUGGUUCUACUUGCUUGUGUAGCACAGCAUGUGUCCGAAGCGGGUACCGACAAUGAUCACGAGAGGAAGAGUAAAAGAGACGGCACCAUCAGAAACAGCCGUGCCAGCAACGUCUUCAAAGGGAAAUUUUCUACCAAGGACAAGACACAGUGCACAUGGAAGGCGGAGGGCACCGACACUUACAUCAUGACUGUCAGGUGCACCAAAGGCAAGGACGUUAAGGAGUGCACGUACAUGGGUAGACCUGACACAUGUCCGGGUUAUGCUGACAAUACCAAGGGUUACUGGAAACAAAUUGGACGUUCUGUGAAGAAACAGAAGAAACUUUGCCAAGAUCCGCGCGGUCUUAUUCGUGCCGGCAUGUGCAAGCGCGCUCCUCAAGACGCGCACUUUAAACUCGUGGACACUCCGACUGAUGCGGGACAGCCUAAAGUUGUGCCAACUGUAAAGGCCGUAAAGAAACUGGUGCCAACAACAACUACGAAGACAUCUACCACUGUCACUACACCAAAGGGAGGAAAGCCUCCGUGCACGGAGCGUGUCGAUCAUAAAAAGUUGGCCGAGGAAAAAUGUGGAGAGACUUGGGCUAGUCUCUGUAACUUCCUCUUCACUUUUGUACAAAGUAGUGAUUGCUAGUGUGCCUUGUCUUUGGUGUGUGAGUUUGUGUGUGUGUGUUUGGAAGACAGAACGUUUUCUCUUGUAGUGCUGCAAUAAUUGAGCUUUGUUUAUUUGUAUUUGUUUUUUUAAAUGAUGAUUUGGCGUGUUUGCUUCCAGUACCAUUCAGAAAUUAGCUCUUCUGAAAGUAAGACAUCAUAUCCAAAAACCACAGAUGCACAAUACCCAUAUGGACCAGCUAUUUCACUCAAAAUGCUUCAACUUCGUGAUGAUAACACACCACUGUAUUUAUGUUGUACAAACACAAAAUAAAUAUAUCAAGACAUAUUU